UCGCGCGAAAACACGGCGCUGUGUCUUCGAUAAGAAUAAACGUUAGUAGAGGGAUUUCGGGUGAGCCUGUUCCCGGUCGGCUUAAGCUCGCGCAAGCUCAAGCUAAGAGGAGAAAUGAGCGCUUGCGCGUACCUACUACUAUUCGACCUAACCUUGAUUAGCGUCGACAGGAGGAGCGGCUAUGCGCCUCUCGGAAACGCAAAAAGUCGAUUCCCGUGGGUGGUCGCGACGCGUUUCGGCGUCGCGACGACGAGGAACAUCUAGUUGGCGAUCAUCGUAAGAGACGAGAGCUUCGUUCGACUCAUAGAAGGAAGUUGUGCUACUGAUAUUGUUACUACUGUUAUUACUGUUACCAUCGUUAACUGUUCCUGCUACUCCUACUGCUACUACUGUUGCUACUCCUAUUACCACUGUUACUACUACUGUUGCUGUUGUUGUUGCCGUUUCUAUUGCUGAUGCUACUGAUGCUGCUAUGUCGUCUAAAGGGCGCUCAAACGAGGCCUGAACAACGAGGAUGCAGUUUAGAUCCGUAAACUCGAUCAAACGGAUCCAGAUCCAAACUGAUCGAUCGACCACCAAUACCAACAAUUUCCUAACUUAUUGUCAUCGUCUUUAUCGUUAUCGUCGUCGUCGUUACCGUUAUCAUCGUCGUAACGCCUAUCCUCCUUCAUCCUCUUCUUCAUCAUCAUUAUCACCACUAUCAUCGUCAUCAUUAUCAUCUCACGACGCUCCUUCAACUAACACGGUCCUAAAAUGCUGGCGGAAAUGGUCCGUAUCUCUUACCAGCAUCGUGCAUUCUACUGCUACGUGAUUCUCAGCGUUUGGAUAUUCCUGCUGGUCGCAGGAAUGUACAAAUAUAUUGGAAUCGAUGAGAAGAGUUCGAUGCAAGCUAGAACGUUGAACGGUGAUUUGUUGAUAAGAGAAUAUCCGCGUAAUUUGAAAUCGGAUAUUAAAACGAAGAAGAUAUUUCGAUUUUGUAAUUCACCAAAUGACAUUAAAACAGAGGUCGAAGGAAAAAUUGAUGGGAGUUUAACAUUGGGCGGUAUAGUGAUGUUUAUUCGUCAUGGAGAUCGAGGACCCUUGGCUCACAUAAGAAAUAUAAGCGCAGUUAAUUGCGGCGGCGACUUUGGUACACUUCCGGAAUUAGAAAAUGUUUAUUCAAAUUAUCUAGCUUUUCUACAAAACGUCUCGAGUUAUUCCAGAACGGCAUGGGCACAAUUUUUAGGACCAUUCCAUGGUUUUCCAAUGUUACCAAGUAAUUCAAAGGAUUGUAAAAUAGGACAACUUACGACGCUCGGUAUUGGACAAUUGUUAAAAACCGGAAUCACAUUGAGAAAUGCGUAUUACCAUAAGCUUAAUUUAGGAAACGGUACUAUAUCAAGCAAGGAUGUAGUUGUUUAUAGUACCAGAUAUAGAAGAACGGUACAGAGUGCCGUUGCAUUGUUGUAUGCGCUAUUAGAAAAUGAUACCUUUCAAAAUCUUGCUAAGAUAACGUUACAGGAAAGUCAAAGUUAUGCAUUUUGUAACGUCGAUUGUGUCUGUCCAGCUGCCGAAAGAUUUUUUAAGCAACACUUAAAGGAAAUGUCAGAUCAUUUGAAAUCUCAUCCGGCAGUGACCGAUUUAAUAAGACAGGCAUCGAACGCGGUUUUCGAAAUUCCAGAACAAGCUCAAUCCAUUGAUCCAAAUACCUUAAGAGACGCUCUGUUAACUUACGUCUGUCACGGUGCCUCCUUGCCAUGUGUAGACUUUGAAACGCAACGAAUUUGCGUUAAAACCGAACACGUAACUGGUCUUUUCGCAUAUACCGAAUGGGAAGCUAAACAACUUGCUAAGAGUAACAGUAGAAAAAAAUAUGGUUUACUUAGAGCAUAUGGACUAUUACGUAGUAUAGUAACUUAUAUGCUUCGCAUUAUAUCUGAAGCGAAACCAAAAAUAGUUUUAUACUCUGGUCACGACAAAACAUUAGAAUAUCUUGCCACUGCGUUGGGCAUAGUAUCCGAUAGAGUAACUAUACCGCAUUAUGCUUCUCGUUUUAUUAUCGAAGUAUAUAAGAUUAAUUCUAAAAACGAGGAUCACGUUGCCAGUGAUUUUUACUUUCGCGUAUUGAUUAACGGUAAAGAUUUCACGCAAAAAAUACCAUUUUGUAGAAAUGCCAAUUUUUAUAGCGCGACGUACGUCGAACACGAUGACACCAACAAAACGAAAAGAGAUUCUAAGCUCUGUCCAAUCGAAACGAUUAUAAGACACUUGCACGAUGAUUAUUUUGUACCUUUCAAUGCAACCAAUUUUAAAGAUGCAUGCUCCGCCAGAAAACACGUAUAGUUUUCAUUAUAAGAUAUAUAAUCGAUGAAAGACCACGAACUGUUAAUUUUUGUUUAAUUAUAACAUAAUUAAUUUAUAAUUAGGAUAAGUCAUUCUGUUUAUACCAAUUCUUAUAAAAAGUUAUGUUCUAACUUUAUUAUAUAUUUUAUAUAGUUUAUUUAUAUAUAUAUAUAUAUAUAUAUUCUUUUUUUUUUCUUCAACAUUCCUUAAUGCGUUUUUAUAUACCUGUAAAUAAUCUAUAUUGAAAUAUUUAAAAGGAGCAAUUAAGACAAUGACUGUAGAUAAUUUAAUUUUUAAUAUAAUGUCAUAUAUUAAUAUCGAAAAGAAAGUAUUAGAUGAUAUUCUAAUAAGACUUACACACGUAUUAUUAUUGCAUUGCGAGAUAUAAUAAUUUCCAUUGAAAGCGAGCAAAGGAAAACAAAAAAAAAAAAAAAAAAGAAUAAAUAAAGAGAAG